CUCAAAAGUCCUUAUGAUAUGCAAAGCAAAUCCUACUACUGUUGCAAGAACUGAGAAAACUGUUGCAGGAUACAAAUCUCAGGAUGAGCAGAUAGUAAAAUUGGAUCUUUGUGUGUGAUGGUUUCAAAGCCUGGGCAUCCAUCUUCCAGCAUUUGUGCUUGAGGUCAAAGUUUGUUCAUUGGCCCAGAUGAAAAUAUGAUAGGUACAUUGUGUUGGCAUACACAUCAGUGAAUAAAAAAAAAACACUGCUGUAUGCAUGUCUCUGGAUUCACCAUUCUGUUUCAAGCAAUGACGUAGGAAUUCAUUAAUGUUCUUCUUGCAGAAGACCUGGGAGUGGAAGUGUGACAUCAGGUGGGAGAGGAGUCCUUAUUGUUUAGUUUCCCAGAAAUACCAUCAGUAGGCUGGGAUCUGUAAAAAUGUCAAACAUGCCAUAUGGAAUGGAAUGGAAGAACAAGAAGAAACAAUGGAAGCAGCAGCAGUUAGUUUGGUACAUUUUGUCGUCGCUCAUCCUUUUGGCUUGAAAUGAGAUAAUGGCUUCAGCAUUGGCUCUUGGCUGCUAUAUUAACUGAUUGGUUGCCCCCACCCACUAUUUUCAUUGAAGUCCUCUUGUUCUUAGUUGGUUAAUUAAUUGUCUCAGAUUGUUGUCUGUGACCCUAGCCAAACCGUCAGCAUACAUCACUUCUGUGGCAUCUAAAGGACCUGCCCCUAAUUUUCACUGUUUUGGUUCCUGAAAUUUCAGGGUAUGAGAUGUUCUUGAUCCCAGGUUUGGGGAACAGGAAAUUGUCACAGUAUGGAUUAGGUAUCAGUGUAAUCACAGUAUUAGCAGCAACUAUAUUAUUCAAUGAACAGAAAUACCGAUUGGGUCAACGUGUCCUUCCAGUUCCUAGCAAUAUUUAUAGUUCAAAUGUGUCACUUAUAAAAACCAUAAACAUGCCCUUAAUCCCACCCAGGAAAAGAACAUAACAUGGAUAUAAUGGUAUAGAAAAGAAAGGUAACUACUGAACUGUGACUAACAUUGACAGGGAGAGGAAAACCUCAAUUACUUUUGCCAGUUCGGGAAUGGCAAGAAGUAGUUCCGCCCUGAUUGCUAUCUGGCUGGGUGCUUUAUAACUAGUCCAGGAGACCUAUUUAUCAUUUGCAGGACUCCUUCAUCCCAACAGCCAUGAAUUUCUGGGAGACGGUGCUUUCUGCUUUCCUCGCCUCCCUUUUGGCCAUCAUUCUUGGUGGCCUUUAUACAAUCGGGGCCUUUCGCAAGAGGAGACCCAAAGAACCUCCACUGGACAAAGGCUUCAUUCCCUGGCUCGGAUACGCAAUACAAUUCAAGAAGACUCCUGCAGAAUUCUUAGAAAGGAUGCGAAAGAAGCAUGGAGACAUUUUCACCGUCUUGGUUGGUGGCAAUUAUAUAAAUUUUGUGUCAGAUCCACAUACGUAUGAACCCUUAAUGAAGGAACCCAAAGAAAAACUGGAUUUUGAAAAGUUUUCAUCAAUGGUGGUUCAUAACGUAUUUGGUUUUCAGCCCACACAAGUUCAUCAUCAUAUUGUGGAAACAAUUAGCAAGAAAUACCUCAAUGGAAAGCAUCUCAGUGAACUGAACCAAGUGAUGAUGGAGAAAUUGCAAGUUGUGAUGCUUAAUGGCCGGAGUUCAGGCGAUGGGCAAAAAUCUUGGCAGCAAACUGGACUCUUCCAUUUCAGCUACAAAACAAUUUUCCAAGCAGGCUUUCUUUCUUUAUUUGGCACUAAGCCGGGCAAAGAUGAAGGAAGCAAAGAAAAGCUUGUCCAGACGAAUCUAGCACAAUGUGCAGAGACAUUUGAACUCUUUCAGAAAUUUGACCAUUAUUUCCCACAACUAGUUGUCAAACUGCUGAAUCCUGCAGAACAAGCAGAGACACAGAAAUUACAGAGCACCUUGUGGGACAUUCUGUCCAUAGAUAAGCUGUAUCAGAGGGACGACAUCAACAGCUGGGUGGUUGAAAAUGAUCAGGAGAUGGUUAACAAUGGAAUGACAGAAAAAAUGAGGACUCAGUUCCAGCUUCUGCUUCUCUGGGCAUCUCAAGCUAACACUGGUCCAGCCACAUUCUGGAUUAUUUUGUACCUUUUGAAACAUCCAGAAGCAAUUAAAGCAGUUAGGGAAGAAUUAGGCAGAGUCCUCAAGGAGACGGGCCAGGAGGUGAAGCCAGGAAGCCCCUUCCUCAGUUUGGCUUUGGAUAAAAUAAAGACCCCUCUUCUGGACAGCGCAAUACAGGAAAUGCUGCGCUUGAAAGGAAGUGUUUUCAUAGUCAGAGGUGUCAUGGAAGACAUGGAUAUUAAGAUGGGAGAUGGCAGGGAAUAUACAUUGCGGAAAGGGGAUUCUCUGUUUCUUUUCCCCUACAUUGGCUUGCACAUGGAUCCGGAAAUCUAUCCUGAGCCUCAGACGUUCAAAUACGAUAGAUUCAUCAACCUGGACGGCACCAAAAAGGAAUUCUAUAAGAAUGGCAAACUGCUGAAACAUUACAUUAUGCCAUUCGGGGGUGGAUCUACCAUGUGCCCCGGGCGCUAUUUUGCUGUCAGUGAAAUGAAGAUGUUUGUGAUCUUGAUGCUUGUCUACUUUGACAUGGAGCUGGUGAAUGCCGAAGAGGACAUGCCGCCAACAGACGAAGCACGGUGUGGCUUUGGGGCUGCCAGUCCUUCCCGCGAUAUCCAGUUCAGGUAUCGCCUGAGACAUUGAGAUGAAAGAAACAUAAGUAAGCUUUCCAAGGCAUGUACUAUUUUGAUUGAUGGGCAAACUCUGGGAAGAAAAGGACUAAAACUAGUUCAUGUGUAAGGAUGGAAUUUCUCAGUGGGGAUGCAUGGAGUGAGGAGAGCCAAAUUCCAGUAGAGUGCUCGUACUGUUUUGCAGUUAACAGAACAUAAAGAUUCUUGUGCACCAUUGCAUUGACAUUAGAGCCAAGGGCUUGGAGAUGUUGAUGAUCUCUAGAAUUGACACCAUCUCUGGCCACUAAAAUCAUUACAACUUUAAUUUCACUGGCUGUUUAUGCUGUUUUAAUAAUGUUUAGCAUACUUGUUUAUUCACUUGGACAUCAUAUUAUUGUUGUUUUUCUUAAUCUGUUUAUCCUAUUAUGCUUACAUUAUUGAUGUACUCUGAUUGUUGUUUAUGUGAUUCUAAUAUGUUGCAAGCCACUUUGGGUCCUGUGAGGGAGAAAAGCAGGAUAUAAAUAAAUAUUUGUUGUUGU